AUGGCAUUCGUCUAUGGUCUUGAUCACUUGGAACCGGCCUUUUCUGACCGGCCUGUACCAUACAUCAGCUACGGCCUCCAUUUCGACGAAGCCUGCAAACACCAUAUCGAAAACACAUUCCAAGCCAGCCGCGUGUACAUUAUCGCCUCUAGAUCAUUGUCGUCCAACACAUCAGCCCUGAAGCGCCUGCAAGAUGCCCUUGGAGACAAAGUCGUCGGUGUCAGGAUCGGCAUGACCCCACAUACCCAUUGGAACGAAGUACUUGAAGUGGCGCAGGACGCGGCGCCCAAGGACCCGGACUGUAUCGUGACGCUGGGUGCAGGCUCGCUCACCGAUGCGGCCAAAGUAGUAUCAUGGAUGCUAGCAAACGACAUCACCACGUCGGAAGGAAUGGAGAAGUUGUCCUCGGCCACAAAGGGGUCCUCAUCUGCCUUCAAGCCGCCCAAAAUCCGCCACAUCGCCAUUCCCACCAGCCUGUCUGGCGGCGAAUACCAGGCCAGGGCGGGCGUGACGCGCGACGACGGCAGUGAUCUCAAAAGACCAUUCUUCCCGCCACCGCGCAAUCCUAGCUUAGUAGUUCUCGACCCGGAAUUGACUACCACCACUCCGCAACGGAUCUGGCUCAGCACGGGCGUCCGGGCCGUCGACCACUGCGUCGAAACGCUGUGCAGUCUUCUGUCGAACCCGAGCGGCGACGCGGACGCCGAGAAGGGGUUGUUGAAACUUGUCCCGUCCCUGAUCCGUACGCAUCGCGACCCAGGCGAUCUCGAUGCCCGGUUCGAAUCGAUGAGGGGCGUCACUGAGGCCAUGAGCGCCGUCAGCAGCGGAGUACCGCUGGGCGCCAGUCACGGCAUUGGACACCAACUCGGUCCAUUGGGCGUCGGGCACGGCGAAACGAGUUGUAUUUUGCUGCCGGCCGUGUGUAAAUGGAACGCUAGGGCCGGGGCCAACGUCGAGCGUCAGGAGUACUGCAAGAACGUCCUGCUCAGGUCACCCGUCGUCAAGGAGGUGCUGCUGGCCAGAUAUGGUUCCGGAGAGCACAACAAACUUGAUGGUCUCGAUCUAGGUGACGUGCUGGACGCCAUUUUCAGGGAUCUCGGUAUGCCCCGGACAUUGAAGGAUGUUGGGGUCGGAAGGGAUAAGUUGGAUGCCUUGGCGGAGAACAGUCUGCGAGAUCAUUGGUGUCAGACCAAUGCGAAACCUCUCACGGAGAAAGCUCAGGUCUUGGAGCUCCUGGAAACGGUAGUAGAGUGA